AUGAACGCCGAGGUUGCUAAAGACGGGCAAGUGACCAAGGACACGAACGAGGACGAACAUCAUGGUCACAUGAACGCCGAAGGUGGUAAAUACGGCCACAUGAAGAAUGACACGAAAGAGGACGGACAUCAUGGUCACAUGAACGCCGAGGUUGCUAAAGACGGGCAAGUGACCAAGGACACGAACGAGGACGAACAUCAUGGUCACAUGAUCGCCGAAGGUGGUAAAUACGGCCACAUGAAGAAUGACACGAAAGAGGACGGACAUCAUGGUCACAUGAACGCCGAGGUUGCUAAAGACGGGCAAGUGACCAAGGACACGAAAGAGGACGAACAUAAUGGUCACAUGAUCGCCGAGGAUGGUAAAUACGGCCACAUGAAGAAUGACACGAAAGAGGACGGACAUCAAGGUCACAUGUACGCCGAGGUUGCUAAAGACGGGCAAGUGACCAAGGACACGAUGGAGGACGAACAUCAUGGUCACAGUAAAUCCGAGAGUGGUAAAGACGGCCACAUGACCAAGGACACGCACGAGGACGGGCAUCAUGGUCACCUAUACGCCGUUCCGUGCGACACGAAGGCAAAAAACGACACUACCGCCCCAGUUGUUACUUCCGAGGCUCCGGUCACUGCUCCUGCAAACACGACCGUCGCCGUUGACAAUGCCGAGGCUCCGGUUGCUACACCAGCUGACGCGACCCUUACGCUGGCUUCACAGUGCAACAACAUCGGUGGCGAAGGCGGGCUUCAAAUCUAUACCGGUUUUCAGUUCCUGAAUGUCAAUAUCAUCGUGGCCGUAGUCCUUGACACUGUCCAAGCGUGUUGCAAUGCAUGUGUGAAUACCACACUCUGUGCAACGUUCAACUUCCAGCCACUUCCAAUUACCAACACAAGCAUCUGCAUUCUGACAAGCUCAACGAUUGGUCUGACUGAGGGUGAAUCGACCUGGCAGGCGGGUAGUAUCGUCGCCUUGACUGCUGCUGUUGCUAGCGCUUGA